UUUUAAGUGGUAAUCUUCAGCAGAGGGACUUCAUAAUGUAAAUGCAAAUGGUCUGUUUGCAUAUGAGUUAUCUUUGUUUUCAAACGAAGAGGGGAACUUCUUGACUGCUCGUUCUCACUCUGGGAUUUGGCUGAUGAAAAGUGCUGUGAAGAAAGGCUGAAUGAGGUUUGUCGGUGCUGCAGGACGUCACAUCAUGAAAUUUCCAAUCAUGUUCAUCGCGUCCAUGGCUCUAUUCACUGGGUCUUUGCCGCAAGUUCAGGGUCUUACCUGUUCGUACAGUUGCCGACAUCGGUCCACGUACAGUUGUGGCUUUUGGGGGUGGCAACAGUGUAACAGAAACAGGUACAAGGCGUGUUAUCGAUGCUGCGACGGGUGGAGUGGAAGUACCAGCAGCGGCUGCUCAACACCCAUUUGUUCUCCAUCCUGCACCAACGGGGGGCGCUGCACAAGACCCGACUACUGCAGCAACUGCAACCGAGGGUUCUACUCACCGCGGUGUAGCAGUUGUUCUUUCAUCUCCAACUGCCUGGACGUGUACUGCAGCUCCUCAACUAAUCAGAGAUGCGGUGAAUGCGCCGGAGACUAUGGCACCCGCCUUGGCUCCGCCUACAAGUUGUCAGCGGACCAACGACGGUGCAUAAAGCAAUGUUCGUGGAGGACUGGCAGUAACGCCUGUUACCCAGGAACCUGUACAAACGGCUUGUGUACCUGCAGGAGUGGAUUUUCGGGAACUGACUGCAGGACACUGUCGAGGAGCCAGAGACCGACCAUAUCGGAGUACCGCGGAACCCUCAUCAAGGGAAGUACAAACCUUGAAUCACCCGCCGCGCAGGGGAGCACGACCACGGUGUACACCGACGUGACUAACUUCACAUCCAUCCAGGUUCUGUGGAAAACCUCGUACCAACCGACUGGACUCCCGCAGCGCCCUCCGUAUAUCCACAGCGUCAGCUUGGGCAUUGUUUCUGCUAGGGUUUCGGUGUCUGUUAACAAGGCCCGGGGUGGAAUACAUUACAUCGGCUUCCGUAGUUGCUCGUCCGCCGGCUCGCGCAGUAACCCUGCCUCAAACCUUGUCGUCUGUGAGGCCACUUUCGACAUCGACUACACCUCCUGGUCACCAAGCACAGGCGACGUUCUGACGUACACCGUGUACUCCUCUGCCGGCGGACACAUGAAGCUAUUCAACAGAGACAGCAACUCCAAUGUCCUCACACGGUACUACACCAGCAAGCAAACAUCGGCGACUGCAACGUUUACCUUUGCCUUGGACGGGCCGUCCCAUUGUGUGGGCACCACGUCAUGUCAAAACUCAAUGCUGUCCGUGGGGAGCAAUGUCAUAACUCAGCCCGUGAUAACAGUAAGGUGGUUCGGCUGGAUAGACAGCCGCGCUGGUAUCAAGGAGUACCACCUGCAAGUGCGGCAAAUGUCAGGUACCAGUGGCAACGAGAUGACCGAAGUUUCCCACGGUCCUCCGGUCUACGAGGGCGUGACGGCGAGUGGCCAGACGGUCACCCUUCCAAGUGCUGGUGUUUAUUCCGUCGUGCUCUCUGUGAUCGACAACGUCGACAACGUUCGGCGUAGCCGUCGCUUCGUCUUCUUCGACGACAACCGGAACGACGUUACCAUCGACCCCACCGCCCCCAUGCGCGUUCUGUCACACGAUGGAGCGACAGAAUACGGAUGGGUGUCCUUUCCAGACUCGUCGCCCAAGAGGGACAAGUGGCUGCGACUCGACUGGCAGGGCCAUUUCCUCAAUAAGAGACACGUCAACAAAGGCCUCCUCAAGCCCAUUGGUCCCUUUGCGAACGGGCUCUUAGACGCCGAUUAUGACCAAAACUUCGGUCAGCGUGGCCGUGACGCCAUCCCCAACGCCGGAGGAGUGGCGGAGUUCCGGGUAUUGGUCAAAACUGACCGCAGCGGCAGCGCUAUUGUCGAUCCGAACAAUGAAAACUCUGACAAUUGGCUCACGAAGGGCACAGACACACAUCAUCUCUAUAACCCGCUGGCACGAGAUGGCUCUUCCGUUCGGUUUUGGGUGGAGGCAAGGGACCUGGCUGGUCACUCUGCGAGGGACAGCCUACUGUUCCGGGUCGACUCUUCCCCACCUGUUGUCGACUGUAUAGAGAUGAUUGUCGACCUGCAUGACAUAAGUGUGAAAUUUCGGACCGUCGACGAGCACAGCGGUCUCAAGACCAUAAAAUGGCGGCUUCUUGAGAAUGAAACCCAAACAGUCUUGGAGAUUGGAACGGAGACAGUGACUCGUGUCAACACCACCGAGGGCUGCAGUCCGCAAGGUUGCGUGUGUAUUCCGCUCGGCGAAUGUUACGCCACGGCGUACCAAAUCAAGCCGACAGUCCCCGCUGGAGUUCAGGACCGCGACUUCGUCGUCAUGCUAACCGUCACAAACCAGGCAGAACUUGAAACAAACGAGAUGACACAGAUUUCAGUGACGGCAGAGAACGUGGGACAGGUUUCCCAGUCGCUUGCGUCUAUCACCAGCGACACGCCUUCCAUUGACGAAAGUGCCGUGGCCUUUGCGGCAGAUUUACUGGACAGCAUCGUCGGCGUUCAAGACACCUCUCCAGAGGUAACGGAAAACGUUGUCAAGAUCGUCAGCAACCUGCUUCAAAUGGAUGACGACCGCCUCGGCGCGGCGGACGAGGUCGCAAACUCUUCGUCUCGCAUUGUCAAGUCUCUGGGCAGGCAAAUCUCCAAUGCUCUUGCAACCGGGCAGAACAUCAGCCACAUGACCAGAGGUCUCGCAGUCGAGGCGAGAGCCUUUCACCCCAGCGCCUUGGCCCACGGGGUGGGGUUCGCGGUAUUUGAGGGGGAGAACCGUACCGGUACCUUUGACGAAAACUCAGUAGGCAUCUACGGCUCUGAAGACGUCCCCGUGGAAGAGGCAUCGGCGUCGAUUCAUCUUCCUCCAGAAGUUGUCAACAAAUCCUCCGGAGGUGAUUCCAUACCCGUGAGUUUCGUCGUGUACCAGACCAGCAAGUUCUUUCGCUCCCAGCGGACUAACGGCGCCCCAACAUCUCUCCCGACCAGCUUUAUUGACAGUCGAGUCAUAGCUGCCACCGUGGAGGGCACACAGGUCAGAGAUCUGCCGCCGGAGUCACCAGUAGUCAUUGCUUUCCUCCCAGACAAGCUGAUUAGUGUUUCUGAACAUCAGACUGCAGUGACGGAGUGUGUUUUCUGGGACUUCAACCUUCGGGCCGGCAUCGGAGAAUGGUCGUCGGAAGGCUGCCAAGAGAGCUCCCAGGUCGGUGGGAGAAUUGUCUGCCACUGCAGUCACGCCACUAACUUCGCGGUGCUCGUGAAGGUCCACGGCCCUCUAAAGCACCCCAACUUCGCCUUGGACAUUUUCAGCAAGAUCGGAUGCGGCGUCUCCAUUGCGGGCCUCAGCAUCACCGUCGCCCUGUACCUUGCUAUAAGGUCUCUAAGAACUUUGGAAGCCAGCCGCAUCCUCAUCAGUUUUUGCUGCUCCUUGCUCCUCCUCUACCUGGUCUUCCUGGCCGGCAUCGAGCAGACGUCGUCCCGCAGCGGCUGCAUCGCCGCUGCCGUCUUGAUGCACUACUUCGCCCUGACCUCCAUGGCCUGGAUGGGUGUGGAGGCCGCUAACCUGUAUCUGAAGCUGGUCAAGGUCUUCAAUUCUGAUGUGUCGCACUUCAUGGUCAAGGCAUCUCUUGUCGCCUGGGGGCUUCCGGCGGUUCUCAUCACAAUCAUAUUGGCGGCUGAUUACACCGUCUACGACGGCGAAGAUAGAUGUUUUCUGAAGUCGGGAGACGCCUUCUACUUUGGCCAGCUUCUCAUCAUCGGCCUUGUGUUCCUUUUCAACCUCGUCGUCUUUGUACUCGUUUUUCGAAAAUUGACGUGCGAAGUCAUGGGCACCCCGGACAAGAGCAACCGGGACACUGUCGGCAGUCGCCUGAGGACCAUGGCUUCCGUCGCUGUGCUGCUUGGGUUGACCUGGGUCUUUGGCCUGCUCUCCGUCUGGGGUACCGCCAGCUUCGCCUUCCAGGUCCUGUUCUGCAUCUUCAAUUCCCUGCAGGGCCUCUUCGUCUUCCUGCUCUUUGUCGUGCGGCAGAGGAAGGUCCGGGAAGGCGUGAGCAACCUGCUGUGUCGCAGGAAGGAGAAACCCUCGGAGAGCUCCACGGCCAACAACCAGCUGACAGCCAGCAAGACGACCGGGGAGCCAUCGGUCGUCUUCAAGAGGGGGCCCUGUAACAAUGAUCACGUCGAUUACGACGGGUACGACAACGUAGCAGUUGCGACCGCCCAGGAUACGUCCAGACCACAACCAAGGCCACCAUCCUGGCACCCCUACGAUGAGGUAGAUCCAGCUGAACCUCCCAGCUACGGCAAUAUUGGCGAGCCGACAACCAAGAGGGCACUUAGCCCGCCUAAGCUACACAAGCCCUUCUGCAAAGCCAAGCCUGGCAAGGUUCGAUCUGAGGAGUACGAGAAUGCUGAUGCACAGACAGCCAAGAAAAAGCCUGAUCCCCCUCCCAAACGGCCGAGACGCCACCACCAGGUCGGUCUGGGUGAACCCGCAAUGUACCAAAACACAGCAAUACCUGUCCCCAAGAAAGUUCCCAGGCCUACGCCCCCUCCUAGGCCUGGACACUCUCAAUAUUAUGAAGAGGUAUUAUAUAACAACGGAGAUUAAUGGAUAAAGCUGCGUCCCAAGUCAGUUUACAGACAUCGUUUUACAGAAAAUUUCUCAGUCCUAUUUUUCUGACAUCAAAUCUCAUCCACUCACUGAUACAAAAGAGAAAGAAAAAAAUUAACUAAUUCUGUUGGCGACCAGUCCCGUCAUUUUGUUUUGAGAGCAUACCCAUGAGGCUGCAUUCCGGCUAGGUUGUUCUUCCCUUCUUGAAAAUUAAACUCCGAGGGAAAGAUUUAUCAUACGAUACACUUCACACAUUGAAUCAAAUCUGAUGGAAAGAAUUGACGAGUUUUUGGUUCCUUCGUCCAUCUUGUCCCUACCUGAUUUUGUAAUUUUUUAAAUCACCAAAUAAAGCUUUGCGUGUAGUCACACGCUGAUUCUCGAGUGGUACCAAAACUAGUCAGACAGGGUGACAGUGAGGAUGACGGGAUAAACACAAGAUGAGAGUUAAUAAACAAGCCAUGGAAAGCUGUGGGAUAAUGCGACUGUGGCGUUAUGGAGCUACAGCAGGGGCGUAUCUGUGCUGGAAAUGGGGGUGGGGGUUUAGAAAGGUGCGGGGAGGACUUUUACCCGGCCAUGGAAAUUUGGAGGGGGCGCAACACCAUGCAGACUACGUAAGGGGCGAUGUUCAUUACGAACAUGUACAUCUGUGCAAAAUCUUAUAUCAGAAUGACACCAUUAAUGGCUUUUAAAAGGUGUGUUCCCCUUUUAGUGAUAUUGCAGACAUGCUAGUCUUUGCGAAGUCCCAAAAUUCUUCACACUCCGCUAUAACUUUUUGCUCAUCACAAGAAAGUGUGUGUGUAGGGGGGGGUGAUAUAUACCCCCAAUCCCCCGGGAUUUACGCCCGUGAACCACAGGCAAAUCAAUUGUAAUGUAAAGUAAAAACCAAGUGCGACAUAAUGACCAUCAUGUUAUGAUCCCUAAUCACCCACGGGACAUGAAAGUGAAUUUUACUGUUUUUUAUUCUAAACUGCAUCCACCAGCACUCAGGCGGGUUUGUGCAGAAAACAGACCACAAAAUAAUACACCCUACUUUCAGAGUGCAUGAGGGCGGGUCACCUGUGCGUACGCUGUACACGGAGGGUAGUUGGUGUCUAGUUGAUCAUGUAAUAAUUAUUACUUGGUUUUGGAGCAGGGUUUUAUAGGAAGGUUAGCGAAAGUAAGUUUAGAGGUGUGUCGCUCUUCGCUCCGUUUAGAUAUCGGAAAAAGAGAGGAAAUAUUCUACUUAAUGUUUCAAGUAGUUUUCGUGCAUGAUACAUUGAUCAGUGUCUGUAACAUGAACAAUCUCAUUCGGCAUACCCAGGAGCUUGCAUACAUUAAAUUGAUAUAUGUUUCUCAAGUAAGCAAUGAUAAGAUUAAGUUUUCUCAACUACAGCGUCAGUUUUUUUUAUCACUUUUUUAAUUGAGGGGAAGCGGUUAUUACUAACGCAAAGGUUGAAUAUUGUGUCAAGGUACUCGGAUAAAUGUAACUGCUAAGAAUAGUGAUGUUCUCACAUUUUAAUAUCAGAAAUUUUUUCAGAAUACAAUUUAUUCAAUAGUAUCAAUUGACAGAAAUAGAUUUUUCCAGAAGACAAAACAGAGUAGGGGUUUAGUUUGAACUUCAGCGUACCGCCCACUUGCUCACGUCAUUCGCUCAACGGUUGGCAUGGACCGACGAUUUUCAUUUGAAGACGAGCAAGUCAUCAGCACCGGCCUUGGUGCGGGCUCACGGAGCGCUCAAGAGACGCCCUGCUUCAAUCCCCUAAGCACUUUAUGUUAUUACCAUACACUUUGACGGUUUUUUAAAAACUUAAUUAGAGCUCAACAAGAGUCCAUGUGGCAGGCAUAAUUGCUAGGUUAUGGUCAUUGGCCAUUCCCACAUCGGCGGAUCCGGAUUGGCGGGGGGGGGGUUCAACGGUGGCCAAGCCUCCUCCCUAAAUAAAAAGCGGCAGUUUUGUGGUUAUUUCUGUCUCCUCCCCCGUUACACUUCACUUAGCUUCAUUCUUAAAUUCAAGACAGGACAUCCAUAUAAUGUUGAAUUUCUAGGACCCAAAACAAUAAUGCCACCCUGAAAAUGUACUACAACUGGAUCCGCCCAUCCACUCCUGAAGAUAUUGAACAGUAGCCGAACUGAUAAGAAACUGGCGAAUCAAUGAAUUGAGAACAAUUAAGUUCCAAGUGGCUCACACUUCGACUAGGAGGAAGCAUUUUAAAUUAAUAAAAGCAUGCUGAAGGUUUCUUGCGAAAACUCGUUCUGUCCUGCCUCCUGAUUUUGUAGCCAGUUCCCGAGAGGAGAGAGAUAUUUGUAUCUUUCCUACUCCUGCUCUUCAUCCCGUAACUGGGGCCUGAAAAGAGUUUAAUUUCUGGGCUUCCCUGACGAAAUAUUCUGUCUACAGAGUUCAUCACACUGACAGAAGGUUUCCUUUGGCAGCUUUUAAUUCGUAUAGAGAAAGAUAGAAAAAUAUAAUGUUACAAUGUGCAAAAACACAAGCACAAGAAAGUCUAAUAUAUAUUCUUUCGUUUUCUUUAGACCACUAUAUAACUGAACAAAGUUCAAAUAGAAAGACUUUGUUUAAAGUUAAGCUCAAACACCGACCUGUUUUAAGACAUAUGAAAAAAAUCCCAGGAGAGCCAAAUAUAGAGCAUAUCAGUCUCUGAAAUUCAUUUGAAGGAACCAGGAAACAAAAAUAUUUUCAUAAAUUUUACUUGAAACCCUUGCAAUUGCAUCUUUGGGUUUCACUAACCUUAU